AACAUAUAAUAAGUGGGAUGCAGUAUCCACAACACAUGUAUUUCCAUUGGUCCAUGAUAUUUGUUCCAUCAUUCCUUGACUUCCUUUGUUCUGAGAUUAUAAAGAUGAAAAGAGAAUUGCUUCUUUUCAUUGGCUAUGUAGAUCCAUAGAUCUGCUUGUAUUGUAGCUACUUUUCAUGGUUGACUAAAAUAAAUGAUGAAUGCUUCCUUGUUUAUAACAUAUUUCAGUGAAAUUUAUAUUAGCGAACUUUUAAUUGCAUCAGCUAAUCUAUUGGGGAAUAUCAUAUCAAAAUACAAUGACUUAUUAUCUAAGAAAAACAUCAUUGAGAAUGAUAAGUCAAAAAUCAAGAAGGUGAUUGAAGAGCUUGAUGAAAAGAAGAAGGAAACACUAAAAGUUACUUGGGUUAAAGUGAACAAAGACUUUGGACCCAUCUUUUCUACCCUUUUACCAGGCACAAUGGCUAAGCUCGAACUGCCUAAGGGAGGUAGUUUCUUAAAUGGUCUUGAGGAACUUAUUGAGAUUAAGAGCAAUGCUAUGAGGCUGGUUUCUCACCUUGCUCAAAUUUCAUCCUCUGCAGUUCAAUUCAGAGAAGUUUUAUUAGCAAUGCUAGUGACACGCAAGCAGCAACUUCAGGUGCACAUAGAUGGAUCCUCAAGCAGUACAUUCAAAGUUAUCCAUGGUGUGGACCUAAAGUUAUGGUUGAUUUGUUAGAGUAGAUUUGGGUAACCUUUUAAUAUGUGUUGCCUUCCAUGCAGCGCUAUAUUCAAUUUCUUUUAUGUUGAGAACUCAUAAUUUCUGUUGUGUGCAGGAUUUACAUCACUUCAGCCUAAAUUGAGACCAUAUAGAGGAUUUGUUUUUAUUUUUUUGUUCAAGACCAUUUUCAAUUUAUUGUAAUAAAUAUUAUA